AUGAAUAAGUACGCCAUGUUCGCUCCCGGUACCGACCGCACCAUCAGCAAGGAAGAAUGGCGCCGCCAGCAGGCGACGCUGAUUAAAGCCAUCGACCCGGAAUUCUCGGGUAGCCUCGUGUGCCCUGUUACCGUCCGCAACUGGCGGAAACUCGAGGAGAGCGCCGCGUCGUCAACUGUCGACAACGCGGCGGCAGACCUGUCGGAUUUCAACGGCAUGGCGGCUGCUACGGAAACGACGGCGGCGGUGGAUAAACCGGCGCCUCCGCCGAGUGCGGAGGGUGUAUCAGCAAGCUAUUACCCGCGUUCUGUGGCUUCCUCGACCCCCACGUCCUCGGUCUCCACCUUCGCCGAUUCUUCCGCGUCUGGCGCAUCAAGCGCGUCGCUUUCUCCCAGUCCCCCUCCCCCGGGUGCGCUCGACGUCCCCCCUUCCCCCAGUGCCGCCACCGCACCCGUCACCGCACCCGCCGCCGCACCCGCCGCCGCACUCGCCGCCGCACCCGCCGCCCCCGGUAGUACCGGCACGUCGGCCGCCAGCUCCCCCGCCAACUCGGGGAAGCUCCCGCGCGCCCGCAUGUCGCUCGCGCAGCAGAUUCGCGAGCAGCAGAUGAACUCGGGCAGAUUCAAACCUUUCGCGUCGGGCAGAGUUUCCGACGGGAUGUCGGGCAGUGGGCGGUUCCCCAUGUCGCCCCUGGAACCGAAUUCGGGUCCCAACUCGGGAAGGUUCUCCGCAGUUUCGCCUUCUUCCAGCCAAGGUAACUCGGGUGCGUUUCCCAGUCCCGCCGCGCACUACGCGACGAGAUCGAUGGGCGCGGGCGGGGGCGGCGCAAGCGGGCCGCUCAUGAUGGCGCAGCCGGCGGCGCUUUGGCGACUGAGUAGCGACGGGCAUCGCAUGGCGGGUGCGACGAUGGAGCAGAGUCGCAUGGCGGGUGCGACGAUCAAUACCAUGCAGCCGGGCCAGCAGGCUCCGCCGAUGGGCUUCUGCAUGGGCGCGCAGGGCAUGGGCGCGCGGGGCAUGGGCGCGCAAAUGAUGGGGGCUCCUGGUGCGAUUAUGGGCGUUCCCCCUGCGACGAGCCCCCCUGCGAUGGGUGGUCCGUCGCAGAGCAAUAAUCUGUCGCCGCGCGAUAUGAUUCUUCUCCGCCCGAAUAAGUGGAGCGGCGCCAACGUCGCCGAUGCUCCCCUCGUCCCGACCUUCGGCUCGUCCGCCUUUUCCGAUACUGCAUCGCAAUGUUCAAGCCAAGAUUCGUUCGCCUCCACCCCUCAGCUCUCUCGACCCGUUCCGUCCUUCGCCUCGCGCCCGCCUAACACGGGCAGCUGGGAUGGCGGCAAUGCGGAUGACGACGAUGAGAAAGAGCUUGAUUUCUCCUCAGUCCGCUCCUCUCCUCAGCAACAGCAACAGCAGCAGCAGCAGCAGCAGCAGCAGCAGCAGCAGCAGCAGCAGCAGCAGCAGCAGCAGCAGCAGCAGCAGCAGCAGCAGCAGCAGCAGCAGCAGCAGCAGCAGCAGCAGCAGCAGCAGCAGCAGCCUCCGCAGCAACAGCAGUGGCAGCAGCAGCAGCAGCCGCCCACGCAGCAACAGCCGCCCACGCAGCAACAGCAGCAGUGGCAGCAGCAGGGACAGCAGCAGCAGCAGUGGCAGCAACAGCAGCCACAGCAGCCUCAGCAACAGCAGUCAUUUUAG